CCAUGAGUGCGUAGUCUAUUUUAGUUCUAUGUGAUUGGUAGGGUUAGCAUGAUUCGAUUUUCUGCUAGAUAAUUAGAAACAUGAUAACUUGGAAGAUGUUUUACUGACGAGUAAACAGAUUGUCGAUACAGAUUUUGGAGAACGCCAAAGGAAAUGCCUAGAAAUGCACAUGUCGUAGCCAAAUCCAAUUAUUUAUCAAUAUAUGUAGGCUUGAAGCUACUUGAAGAAUACACAGAAGCUUGCGUAGAGUGAUAUUAUCCGUAUUUUCCAUCAGUUUAGAGGAACCUGUUCUGAGAUGUAUAUUGAUAUAUUAACUUGGUAGCUUGUGGGAUCUUGAACGGAGCCAGAAGGUGCCCACAAUCCUACUGCAACCUCGUUGAACAUAUCAAGGUUCAGAGGGGGGAGGACUGGCAGCUGAGGAUCAAUUGCAGAUGAUGGAGAAGCUGAUUGGCUAGCUAGGGUAGCAAGCAGACUUCAGUAUAACAAUUUGGUAUCCUGAACACCGUCGUUUAUGGUUUGAGUUAAGUAGAAAGGAGACUGCUCUUAUAGGAACGAGGAAGAUUGUAAUGGUUGCUAUGCUUGGAUUGGAUGCAGCUGGUAAGACAACCAUUUUGUACAAGUUGCACAUUGGAGAAGUUUUGUCAACGGUCCCAACUAUUGGCUUCAAUGUGGAGAAGGUCCAAUAUAAGAAUGUAGUAUUUACAGUGUGGGAUGUCGGUGGACAAGAAAAAUUAAGACCCUUAUGGAGGCACUACUUUAGCAACACUGAUGCACUGAUCUAUGUCGUCGAUUCUUUGGAUAGAGAGAGAAUUGGAAAAGCCAAAGAGGAAUUUCAGACUAUCAUCCGAGAUCCAUUCAUGUUGAACAGUGUUAUAUUGGUAUUUGCUAACAAGCAAGACUUGAGAGGCACAAUGGCUCCAAUGGAAGUGGCCGAAGGGCUGGGUCUCCAUGAUCUGCGGACCCGAACUUGGCACGCGCAGGGAACUUGUGCCCUCAGCGGAGAUGGUCUGUACGAGGGACUCGACUGGCUAGUGUCAGCCCUGAAGGAGUUGCAGGUGCCUGGACGACAUCCGGCUUGAUCAGUUUGCAGCUCCUUGCUACGGUCGCAAAGUUAAAGAAAGAAAAAUUGAUCCCGAAGAUUGUUACUCUGUAUAGUGUCCUUGGUUUUGUUGAGGAUGUUGGACAAUGAUUCAUACACAAUUUGCUUCGUAUGAUACUGAAAGCUGUGGUUUUCUUUUAUUUUGAUAUUUUUAAUAUCAAUAAUUCCACAUGUUAAAUGAGUUUUUGUCAUAA